UCUCCACACACACAGUUGCCGUCACCGAGAAACUAUGCCAUGACUUUCACCUUUGCAGUCCUGCUCUGUUUUGGAUUGAGUCUGAAACCCAGGAGCCCAGUGCUGGCAGGAGUCUUACCAAAGCCGACCAUCAAAGCUGAGCCAGGCUCUCUGGUCACUAGGGGAAUGCAAGUGAACAUCUCAUGUAUGGGGACUUCAGAUGCACAGAAGUACCUUCUUUUUAUUAAGAAAUUUAAAAAUGUCCAACAUAGACAAUCCUCAACAAUACGUGGGGAGAAAGCUGUAUUCUCCAUAAACUCAAUUGGACAAUAUGAUGGAGGCCAAUAUUACUGUUUCUAUGUGACCACUUCUGGCUGGUCAGCACAGAGUGACAACCUUGAGCUGGUAGUGACAGUAAGAGGUACCUCCCCAGGGAUCUUUGAAAAUAAACCCUGCCUAUCAGUCCUGCCCAGGUGUGUGGUGACCCCAGGAAAGAAUGUGACCUUCAAGUGUUUCUCACAGGAGGAAUAUGACAGCUUCAUUGUGAUCAAGGAAGGAGAACAGAAGCACUCCAUGAUUAUGGAGUCACAGAAGACAUCGGCUGGGCAGUUCCAGGCCCUGUUCUUUGUGGGCCCUAUGACUUCUAGCAGCAGUGGAACAUUCAAAUGUUAUGGCUACUACAAGGCAAACCCACAGGUUUGGUCAGAACCCAGUGACCACCUGGAAAUACAAGUCUUAGGAUCAGCUAUGAACACCAAACUAUCAAAGGAUGUAUGCAAACCUAAAACAGCCUCAAACACCCAGGAUCACACAGUGGAAAAUCUCAUCAGGAUGGGGCUGGCUGGCUUGGUCUUCAUAAUUCUUGGGACUCUGCUGUUUGAGCAUUGGCGCAACCAGAGUUGGACCUAUCAUGAAGCUGGGAAGUAAUCAGAAGAGAUAGAAGUACAUCUUAUAAGG